AUGUCAGAAACAAGUAAGUUAUAUUGACAGUUUUGCAAUUUUAUAUUUAUGUUUUAGGAAUUUUAAAAUACAAAAUUUUUUAUUUUAUUUUGUAUUUUUUAGAAAUAGUGAAGUUGGAUUCUGGGAAAUCUUUGGAUUUGGCAGGUUCCGUCUACUUAGAAGAUUUUUAUCACAAGCCUGAACUUCAACAACACGAAUUAGAGGUUCUGAAGUUAUCGGUCUCUUUUCAAAAUGGUCCUCCGAAAAGUAUUUGUGAAUUUUAUAAAAUAGCGGCAGAACAUCUAAGGUAUGCUGCUCCAAAUUUGAAAUCCGUCGUUCUUGAUGGAGGAUAUGUCUUCAAUCCUAGCGAUGAUGUAAGAAUUUUAUUUUGCUUGGCAUGAAAAGUAUUAAAAUUUUUUGAUAAUUUCAACAUUUUCGUACUAAAGCAAAGUUUUUAAGACGUCAGCUGUUUUUGAAAACGAAAUCAAUGAGCUGAAGGUGCAUUUUCAAACUAUUGUGAACAACCUGCAAGAAACAGGACUUCCAUUGGAGAGAGUUAGAUUUGUUUCUAUAUACACUUUUCAUGUUAGCGUGAGUUUCACUAUUCACAUGUGAUUGUAAAUCGAUAACUAAAAAUCACAUUAUUCUUAUUUUGUGCAAAAUUUAUCCAUGGUUGAAAUUCUAUAUAAUUCUUAUAUUUAUAAAAUUAAAUCUUUAGAGUAUUCAAACUGCUCAAGAAGUGUUCAAAAAUGUGUUUAACGUAGAUUUAACCGAUAGAGACGUUGAAGAAAAUGUCGUAUACUUUACAUAUCACAGUAAUGGGGUGAAGUUUGAUGUAAAAAUUCAGUUGAGCAUUACACUUCUAAAAGCUAGUGAGAAGGAUCGGUCUCGAUUUUAUGAUGCAGAAGUUACAACACAAUUCUAA